GGCUAGGUGGCUGUUGUGUGUCUCUACCGAUUGCUUGCAGCGUUUGUCAACGGAGCUGGCUAGCUGUUGUGUUGGAUCCUCUCUGACUGAGCGACUCUGAGUGUUGCUUUGAUACUUGCAUGUAGCUUUGCAGUAUCUGUCGUUUUCAUCAUCCUCAGGUGUUGUUUUGGAGAAGCCGAAUCGUUCUUUCAGCCAGCAACCUAUACUACACGUAGGCUUUACCAGUCUCUUGUUUUGAGUCAGAACUCAAUAUUUGUGUAAUCCGCUACAAGGAUCGCUGCUUAGAUCUUUAGCCAUGGAGGGUUCUACUCCGCAACAAGGUGGUGGAAAGAAGAAAAAGAAGGAAAAGAAGACGAAGAUGACCUUAGACCAGUUUUUGGACAAAACGACAGUCACCACACGCAGCUCCACUAGCUGGGCUGAUGCCUCUGAGGAGGCUGCUUCUGAUGGUCGCUAUUACGAACCGGCAGCGGUUGACUUACAUGCUUUGCCAAAAGCCCCACGGGCCGCGCUUGGACCCAGUGAGGUCGAUCUCAGCCGGCUUCCCCAGCGUCCUCCAUUUGUUGCCUACAUUGGCAACUUGCCUUAUGAUAUAGUGGAGGAGGAUAUCCAAGAUUUUUUCAAAUCGGAGUUGGCUGGAAUUCGUCUCCCGACUGAAGGCGGUGGUCGCAUCAAGGGCUUCGGCUAUGCAGAGUUCCAUACGAGAACUGAGUUGGCGGAGGGCUUGAAACUCAAUGGAGAGAUGCUAAAGAAUCGUCGCAUCAAGGUAGAUCUGGCAUCGAACAAUGAUGAUGGCCGUGGUGGACCUGGCAUGAGGAACCCAUUCGAGGAAGACCGCACUACAGGAGAUUGGCGCAAUGGUCCUGCCAAGGAUGCGUAUGAGCCUGCUCCACAACGUGGAGGUGAUCGCUAUGACGGUGGUGGCAGCCGUUAUGAGAGCCGUGGUGGCUUUGGCGAUGGCGACCGCUAUGAUAGCCGUGGUGGUGGAGGAGAUCGCUAUGAGAGCCGAGGAGGCGGUUACGGCGGAGGAGAUCGCUAUGAGAGCCGAGGAGGUGGUGACCGGGAUGAGCGUUUUGACAGCCGCCGUGGUGGCCGGACGGGAAGUCCUAAUCGUGCUGACCUGGAGGACAACUGGCGACGUGGCCCACCUCCCUCACAGGAUGACCGUGGUGACAGGCGCGGAGAUGACCGUGCUGGUCCCUAUGGUGGGAGUAGCCUUUCCAGUGACAGCGGUGCACCACGCAGGAAUGGUGACGGUGAUCGACAUCCAUCUGGAUCAAGCAAUGGCGAUGAUAGUGGCGACCGUGGUCGUGAUCGCCCUCUAUCAGACCGUGAUUCGCGCAGCACCAGUAGACCAGGAUCCCGAUCCCCGUCUCGAUAUGAUGACGCGCCAGGACGUCGUACUGAUAGAGGUCAGAGCAGCAGCUAUGAAGACCGCGGACAAGGCAGCCGAUACGAUGACCGUAGACAGGGAGGUCGAUACGACGAUCGCGGACAAGGAGGUCGAUACGACGAUCGCGGACAAGGAGGUCGAUACGACGAUCGCGGACAAGGCGGUCGGUACGACGAUCGCGGACAAGGCGGUCGGUACGACGAUCGCGGACAAGGCGGUCGGUACGACGAUCGCGGACAAGGCGGUCGGUACGACGAUCGCGGACAAGGCGGUCGAUACGACGAUCGCGGACAAGGCGGUCGAUACGACGAUCGCGGACAAGGCAGUCGAUAUGACGACCGUGGACAAGGCAGUCGUUACAGUGCUCCCAGGGAUGCGCCCCGCUAUAAUGAUAGAGGCAGUCAAGGUAGUUCGUACGACGAUCGCAGGGACGCACCCCGCUACAAUGAUGAUAGACGGCGGGACGCUGGUAAUUCUCGUGAUGGAAGCCCCAGCAGACCUAGCGGCGAGCGUCCACGCCUCAAUCUGCAGAAGCGCACAAAGCCAGUAGAGGCGGCAGACUCGAAUAGCAGCACUGCAAAAUCAUCAAUCUUUGGUGCUGCCCGGCCUGUUGACACCGCAACUCGUGAACGCGAAGUCGAAGCCAAGAAGAGCUCCGAGAAGAUCAAGACUGUCGAGAAGGAGAAGGAGCGCCCGCGUACUGAUCAGAAAUCUAGCCGUGACCAAUCUGGACGUGGCCGAGGUGGGGAGUCAUGGCGCUCAGCUGCUCCUGCCCCUCAACCUAGUACCACUGCCGACAGUGGUGCCCGUGGCUCUGAUGUUGAAGAAGAUGGCGAUUGGGAGACAGCCGGCAGCAAGAAGAGCUCGCAAUCUCGCCCGGCACAGCGUGGUUCUCGUGAUGAGCGUGGUGGCGCCCGAGGCAACUCCCGCCAAGAGGACCGCCUACCCGCGAACCCUCCUGCCAAGCCUGCCUGGGGCAAGUCUCCAGCUAAGACGGCUACCGAGGAACCUAACACAGACGUCACUGGGAAGAGCCGAUUUGAUGCCCUUGCUGAUGAUGGUGAGCAUGAAGGCUGAGGAUAUUGAUUGCAACGUCUAUUUUGCAUCUUGAGUAUUUAAUCACCAUCCAGAGCCUCAGCGCCUUCAUUACGCAGUCCGCAUUGGGAAACGGUCAUGCAUCCCUUUCCAGCUGCACCCAACCAUAUGCCUCUGUGUCCAUUGCUAACUAGACUGGUCGUAGUGUCCUAGUUAGCUCCCAAUACCAUGCCGCAGAGAGCCUGGUCACCUAGGUCAGCAUGGUUGAGCACUCCUCGUUCAUGUGCUGCUCCUUGGGACUUGAUCCGAAGCACACCCGUGUGACGAACAGAGAACGUUCACCUGUUUCUGGCCAAACUUUACCUUUUCCUUAACAUUUUUUGAGAAUGAGCUACCGCACAUUUCUCCUUUUCUUGGGUACUUGCCUGGCUUCAUAACGGACUCUCUCUCUCCUUCUUUGUUGCUCAUUUCCUCAUUUGUUACUCUUUCUGUUACUGUGGGAAAUCCAUACCUUUUUGUCACAGUGUGUGACGGCUGUAGCUGUUUAGUGCCCAUCUGGUCAGCGAAUGUUGUGCACCCAUUGCAAUUUAACAGUCUGUGUGACGUUUUCCAAGUGUGUGUUGCCGUUGCUGUUGCCACUGCUGCCUCGCACAUUAGUAUGCAUUCUGCUUGUGCUCGCCGUGUUCCUUCAGCACUUGCCACACUCGUGUCUGAGGUUCCUGGUCCUCGGACUGUGCGGCGUUACAGGCAAUUCUAAUGGCCCAUGGUGAUUACUUUCUUGUACUCCUGUUACUUCUAGUCUUCUUCUUGUUGUUGUUGUUGCUGUUGUAACGCCGCAGCUGUUGUCAUACCACACGCCUAGUGUGAGGAUACCCUCAAUCUUUGUUGUUCAUUUCUAAUUUUAUACCUGUAGAUUUUUCUUUCGGCGACACACCUGCUGAUCAUUGCCAUAACUCAUACAGCUUAUGUUUCCGUGAGCAACCUAACUUACUUUGCGUAGAAUCUGGUUUGGUGGCUGGCCAUUGCCGUAACUGACAUCCACCUAACUCUACUUUGCUUAUGGUGGCUGCUGGCCAUUGUCAAAACACAUACAGCUUAUGCUUCAAUGACCAACCUAAAUCUACUUCGCUUAGAAUCUGGUUUGGUGACUGGCCAUUGCCAUAACGCAUACAGCGUCUGCUGGUGUUUCAGUGGACAACCUAACCCUACUACUGUACUGCUUACAUGCAGAAUUUGGUUUUUUGGCUGGCCAUUGCCAUAACACAUACAGCAAUAUUAUUAUUGUUUCAGUUGAAAACCUAGCUCUACUCUGCUUGGAAUCUGGCUUUGACGUUGGUGGCUGGCCAUUGCCGUAACGCAAUCAGCUUGUGUUUCAGUUGAAAAACUAACUCUAUUCUUUGCUUAGGAGAUUGCUUGAUGGCUGGCAUAACUGCAUGAUAACAAAUACAGCUGAUGUUUAGUGGGCAACCUAUAACUCUUUGCUUAUGGUGGCUGGCCUUCGCCGUAACACAGUAAUGCAGCUUAUGUUUCAGUGACUCUAUUCUUUGAUUAGAA